AUGUUUCAGAGGCUCAUCGUCAGUCUCUUCCUCAUGCUGUCGAGUGACGUGCUGAGCGGCGGAAGCGCCAGCAAAGAGCAGCCGUUUAAAAUCGCAUCUGGCUUUCUUUGUCAGGAAGCUUGUUACAGACUCACUGGAUUUUUAUUCCCUUUUAAAACCGUCGUAAUUCUGUUUAACAGCAUACACUUCAAGAUACAUGUGCCAGAGAUCAUCAAUCAUGAGGUGCACACAAAGACGGUGUUCAUACACCUGCAUAAGCCGGGUAUCUCGGUACCAAAGAGGCCCAAGCCUAAACCCAAGGAAGAGGCGCCGAAGACCUAUCACAAGGAGAGCCAUGACGAGAAUUGGAGUUCCUGGAGCACCUACGGCUACCACAGCGAUCACGACGCCGAAUCGGGGAACGCAUUGUCUAAGGAUCAUGCAGAUCGCAGCAAGAAUAACGACAAGAAGGCAACUCCAGGGAGCAAGAAACCCUUUGUUCCCCAUCAUAGGGAUGCCUACUCGCCCGGCUUGCAACACGAAGACAAGCCGAAUUAUCUGAGGGGUCGACACGGCGACGGAAUGAUGGGAUACUCGUAUCCACCGCAGUAUGCGGUGCAGGAAGACGUACGUGAGACUGAUCAUAAUGGCAUCGAGCCGUACAUGCACGCGUACGAGGAGGGCUACCAAAAAGGUGGCGAAUCCGCGAGCGGACACAUCUACUCGGGCGACCUGACCAAGUUCUAUGACGAAAAGCACGAAGAGGGCGAUCAUUCGGUGGAGGAGUACGCGAACGAGUCGAAGGAGAAGACGCAUGCAGGUCGUUACUUCGUCGACGACGCGGAAUAUCGACGCGACAACGAGCGCAAGUUCGAGGCAGAGAAGCACUCGUCUUCUGGAACGCUUGGCUCGCAAGCGUAAGGCUCACGCGAGAACAGAUCAUGCUGAUGAUGCUGAUUUGUUUAAUGAGUCGUUAACCGACUGGUAAUGAUGGUAAUAAUGAGCAUUAAGUCAUGACGGUUGAGGCAAUCUCGAGGUAAUUAAAUGAUUCUGGAAUUAGCUAACUAAGAGACGUAUUAUUAUGCGUUCGAUGGACACGCCUUUAAUGCGUUCGGAAUGUAUUCGGGUAUUUAAUACAUUCAUGAGGUAUUACAAGC